AGAAAGAUAGAAAGCAACUUGUGGGUUUUUAUCCACUCUCCUCUCUCUCUCUAAUCUAGUGUGGGAAUCUUGAUUCAUUUCCCCCUCUCUUUAUUGCUUCAGCUUCUCCAUAUCCAAAACCAAAAUAUCUCUUUCUGUGAUCAGCCUUCCAUCUCCCAUCUACACUGAAAAAUCACAACAAAAAAGCUAGCCUGUUUAAGAGAAAGAGAACAUGCAAGAAAGUGAUGAUCAGAGUCUUUCAGCAGCAGAUCACACACAUGCAAGCAAGAAAAGGAAGACGGGUGAAAGAGUUGUGGUUGCUGUAAAAAUAGAGGGAAAUAGUAAGAAACAGCAGAGAAAUGAAGGGCCUCCAUCUGAUUGUUGGUCUUGGAGAAAAUAUGGCCAAAAACCCAUUAAAGGAUCUCCUUAUCCAAGAGGGUACUACAGGUGCAGCACAUCAAAGGGCUGCUCAGCGAAGAAGCAAGUUGAGAGAUGCAAAACAGAUGCAUCGAUGCUCCUCAUCACCUACACCUCCACCCACAAUCAUCCAGACCCUGCCCCUUUCUCAAUCCCCACCAAUCACUCUCCAAUUCACCAACAAGAGCAAGAAUCAGAGACAAAUCCAGACGAAAUCGAAGCCCCGCGCCCGAAUUCCGGAGGCGGAAACUCCUUUGAGGAAAUUCUUCAAACACCCGGCGUGCGCUACGAGGAUGAUGAUGAGGUGGUGAAAUCGGAGGAGAAUGAUUUCUACGACGAGCUGGAGGAGCUGCCUAGUUCCUCCUUCUUCACGGCUUUCAUGAAGAGCGGUUUCUGUGAGGAAAGAAUUGCUGUAAAUCUAUCUUGAAUAGAAGUAUAGUGUGUGGUUUUAGGUGAAAAUGUGUGUAGAUCUUUGCUUAGUAGUAUGUGGAAAAAAGAAGAAAUCUGUAGCUAUGAUGAUGUACAUAUUUUCUGCUCCAGUUUUACACGUGCGAGCGGACUAUCUACUCAAUUCAUUUUAUGCUUAAUUUUAA